GCCGUCGGUUCCUCCAGCAGCAGCAGCAGCAGCUUCAUUUUCUCUGGAUCUUUUGUUAAAAUGGAGGCUGUUGUGCUGCAGUAAAUGGACAGGAUGAUUGUAGACGCUCCCAAUUCUAACGGGCCGUACCCGCCUGUGGCUCUAGUGCACUUCAGAGAUGUGGCUCCAGCGGAGCAGGAGAAGCUGUUCCUGCAGAAGUUGCGUCAGUGUUGUGUUCUCUUUGAUUUCCUGUCGGAUCCUCUCAGUGACCUGAAAUGGAAGGAGGUGAAACGAGCGGCGCUCAGCGAGAUGGUCGAGUUCAUCACUCACAAUCGCAACGUCAUCACCGAGCCCAUCUACCCCGAGGUGGUGCACAUGUUUGCGGUGAACAUGUUCAGGUCGCUGCCGCCGUCGGCAAACCCCACAGGAGCCGAAUUUGACCCGGAGGAAGAUGAACCGACUCUUGAAGCGGCGUGGCCUCAUCUACAGUUGGUGUACGAGUUUUUCCUGAGGUUUCUAGAGUCGCCCGACUUCACCCCAAAUGUUGCAAAGAAGUACAUUGACCAAAAGUUUGUGAUGCAGCUGCUGGAUCUGUUCGACAGCGAAGAUCCUCGAGAAAGAGACUUCCUGAAAACAACACUGCACAGAAUAUACGGGAAGUUUCUUGGCCUGCGAGCUUAUAUUAGAAAACAAAUUAAUAACAUAUUUUAUAGGUUUAUUUAUGAGACGGAGCAUCAUAAUGGAAUCGCUGAGUUAUUAGAGAUCCUCGGCAGUAUCAUCAAUGGUUUUGCUUUACCGCUGAAAGAAGAGCACAAGAUUUUCUUACUCAAGGUGUUAUUGCCGCUUCAUAAAGUGAAAUCUCUGAGUGUUUAUCAUCCGCAGUUGGCGUAUUGUGUUGUUCAGUUCUUGGAGAAGGACAGCACGCUCACUGAACCAGUGGUGAUGGCUCUUCUCAAGUACUGGCCAAAGACUCACAGUCCAAAGGAAGUGAUGUUCCUCAAUGAACUGGAGGAGAUCCUGGACGUCAUCGAACCAUCAGAGUUUGUGAAGGUGAUGGAGCCGCUCUUCAGACAGUUGGCCAAGUGUGUCUCCAGUCCACACUUUCAGGUGGCGGAACGAGCGCUUUAUUACUGGAAUAAUGAAUAUAUAAUGAGCCUCAUCAGUGAUAACGCAGCCAAGAUUUUACCAAUCAUGUUCCCGGCGCUGUACCGAAACUCCAAGAGCCACUGGAACAAGACGAUUCACGGUUUGAUCUAUAACGCACUGAAGCUCUUCAUGGAGAUGAAUCAGAAGCUGUUUGAUGACUGCACACAACAGUUCAGAGCUGAGAAGAACAAAGAGAAGGCGAAGUUAAAAGAGCGAGAGGAGGCCUGGAUCAAGAUAGAGAAGCUGGCGAAAUCAAACCCGCAGAGAGAUCACAGGAUGGAUCGGCCGCUGGUCAGGUGUAAAUCAGAUCUGCCUCAGGACUCGUUCACCACUAAAGCCUUGGAGUCGCACCGGCGCACUGAAGAAAUGAUGACCAACCACGACGGACACUAACUAACAAACUAACUCACAUGUCAAGCUGUAAAUGCAGCUCCAUCAAAGUCUCUGUGUUUAUUUGAGAUCUUCUGCAUCUUCAGUGUUUGUUCUGAAUAAUCCAGCGUGAACGGAGACCGCUGGCAAACGGUUAUAAAUCUUUAUUUUCAGAGACACGAGGACUGUCACCAGUGCCAAUACUGUCAUGAUUAUUAACUUCCUGUUUCAGUAGUUUAUUGGUAUGUUUUCUGCUUAUGUGGUGUUUUAGACUAACGUGUUAAAUCUGUGUGAAUACUGCAGACCCUGAACUAUCAUGACUUUGACUUUAGGACUCUGAAAUGAGUUCAAACACUUCAUGAACUCUUGAUUUCAGUUCAACUUUGUGUCUUUAAUCGACGACUUCUGAUCAAAUCUGCCACUCGUGUUUUCACAUCAUACACACGGUUAGUGUGUGUGUGUGUGUGUGUGUGUGUGUGUGUGUGUGUGUGUGAUCAGCUGAUUCUACUGAACAUUUCUGUACAAGAAUCUUCAUCUCAUGAGUGAUUCUGUUCAUCAGUGAAUCAUCUGAGAUGAAGCGAGUCAUUAUGAUUCUGCACAUCGUCAGUGAGAAACACUUUUCCAGAAAGAUCUCCGUGCCUUUACAGCUGAUUCUGUGAGGAGUCGUUUAAGUGAUUCACUGGAGUGUUCAGAUGAUAUGAACACACACACAUCAGUGUGAAGUCGACACAUCGAUUGUUUUUCAUUUCAUUCUGGAUAAUUAUUGAGUUUAUAAAACUACCUAAAGCACUUCCUGAAAACUUGAAAACUCUAAAACCUUUUUCAUUGUGUGUCUAUAACAUGCUUACAGAUCCUUUAUAAACAGCUUCUCUUUUCUAUAGGGCUGUUUGAAUUUCUGUAUGUUUUACUGCCUGUCAAUCAUUUUAUUUGUUUCCUUUGAUCUAUUAAAUAAAUUCAUGCAGUAUAUAAAUGUAUAAAAUACCCAUUUCCACUUCCUGUUCCACACACACACACACACACACACAGCGUCAUUGCGAGUUCCAGCGAUUUCUUUUCUUAAACUUUAUUGUGUGUUGAUGAAACACAAAACAUUAAAAU